AUGGCAAGUUUGCAUCUUGGAGCAGCUUCGUUGAUCAAUGAAUCUUGGGUUGUUUUUGGCUCCUCCUUGAAAUUAAGGAUUGGUUUCAGAAGUAAACGGUUUAGACGAGUUGCAGAGAGAUGGAUGUUUCGUGUUCAACAGAUGUCAAUGAAGGAUGACGAAUUGGCUCGUUCUGCUAAAAGAAGCGAGUCCUUGAGAUAUAUUCUGAAGCAAUAUGGAUUAUCAGUGGAGGAGUACCCUGAAGUAAAUAAGCCAAGUGAUGACCUUAGCUGUGAAGAGAAGCACGACGCUGUUCCUUCUUCUGUCAUAGAUGACGACUCUAAGAUGAAAACAACUGAGGAGUUACCUGAUUUACGCCGGGAAGAGCAAUACCAUGAAUCUGUGUCUGUGAGCACCGUAGACAAUCUUUCAGGACACCAACACAAUAAAUUCUCUCAUUUAAACACAGGUGCUUUGUUCACUUCUCUGCUUCCUGUUCUCGGUUUCUGUAUCGUACUCAUAAUUGGGACGCUGCACACGAUAAUCUCCAGAAAAACAUCACGAGGUCAUCACCAUGGCUCCAAAAGAACGAGGUGGAGAAGUGCAUUGAGUGAUUGGAACGAGCCGAUUGCUUCUGAAGAACAUGAUUCGUCUGCAGAAUACAGAGUGGGUUCAGCGAAUCAGGAAGCUACUGAUGAAGCAUAUAGCAGAGUGGAGCUUGAGUACAAGAGAUUUCUGUUGGAAUGUGGUGUGAGUGAAUCUUGA